GGCCGCCCUCCGGGUGGUCGCCAUGUCGGCGACCGCCUGCGCCCAGUUCCCGACAAAGCCAGCGACCGUGAACCGGAGGAGGAGUGCAGGGACAGUCGAAGAGGCCGAGUGUUUUCCGGAGAUGGCUGUGUCGAGGCCCGGGGGCAGCGCUGCGGGAUCGGUAACAUUCAAUGAUGUGACUAUGGCUUUUACUAGCAAGGAAUGGGAGCAACUAGAUCCUGCUCAGAAAAGCCUGUACAAGGAUGUGAUGCUGGAGAAUUACAGCAACCUAGCCUCAAUGGGGUAUCAGGCUCUCAAACCAGACAUGAUAUCCAAGUUGGAAAAAGGAGAAGAGCCAUGGCUAGGGAAGGGGAAGAGACCCAAACAAGGUGGCUUGAGUGAAAUAGCAAGAACCAAGGAAACAGGAGCCAAUGGAAAAGAAGUCCAUCAAGAUGAUGACUGGCUAAAGAACCACCAGAAAUCUCAAAACAAAAUCCUUAGGGAAGUUGCAUUCAAGAGAACAACUCUGACUAAGAAAAAGAGCCAUGAACGUAGUUCAUUGCGGAAAAAAAAUGUGAGUACAAAAUAUAUUCCUUCAAAAAAAAAGCUUCUUAACUUUGAUUCACAUGGAAAGAAUUUAGACUUAUCUGGUGACAUAAGAAACUGUGCAGAAAAGAAAUCUGAUAUAGCUAAAGAGCAUAGGAAAUCAUUCAGCCGUAGCUUAUCUGAUACAAAGAAAGACAAAAAUCAAACUGGAAAAAAAUGUGAGAAAUCAUCUACCUAUAGCUCAUCUAAUGGGCCUGACAAAACUCAAACUGGCAAGAAAUAUGCUGAACAGGACAAAAUUCAAACUGGAGAAGAACAUGAGAAAUCAUCCAACCAUUGCUCAUCUCUUACUAAGCAUGAAAAAACUCAGAAUAAAGUGAAACCGUAUGAAUGUAAUGAAUGUGGGAAGGUUCUCAGCCAUAAACAAGGACUUGUUGACCAUCAGAGAAUUCAUACAGGGGAAAAACCAUAUGAAUGUAAUGAAUGUGGGAUAGCCUUUAGCCAAAAAUCACACCUUGUUGUACACCAGAGAACUCAUACUGGAGAAAAACCAUAUGAGUGUGUUCAGUGUGGCAAAGCCCAUGGUCAUAAACAUGCUCUCACCGACCAUCUGAGAGUUCAUACUGGGGAAAAGCCCUAUGAAUGUACCGAAUGUGGGAAAACCUUCAGACAUAGCUCAAACCUUAUGCAACAUGUGAGAUCUCAUACAGGCGAGAAGCCCUAUGAAUGUAAGGAAUGUGGAAAGUCUUUUAGGUAUAACUCAUCUCUUACUGAACAUGUGAGAACACAUACAGGUGAAAUACCAUAUGAAUGUAAUGAAUGUGGAAAAGCCUUUAAGUAUAGUUCAUCCCUUACUAAACAUAUGAGAAUUCAUACAGGUGAGAAACCGUUUGAAUGUAAUGAAUGUGGGAAAGCUUUCAGCAAGAAGUCACACCUCAUUAUACAUCAAAGAACUCAUACUAAAGAGAAACCCUAUAAAUGUAAUGAAUGUGGAAAAGCCUUUGGACAUAGCUCAUCUCUUACUUACCAUAUGAGAACUCAUACAGGUGAAAGUCCAUUUGAAUGCAAUCAGUGUGGGAAGGCCUUCAAACAAAUUGAAGGUCUUACUCAACAUCAGAGAGUUCAUACUGGGGAGAAACCCUAUGAAUGUAAUGAAUGUGGGAAAGCUUUUAGCCAAAAGUCACACCUCAUUGUACAUCAGAGAACUCAUACAGGGGAGAAACCCUAUGAAUGUAAUGAAUGUGGAAAAGCUUUCAAUGCAAAGUCACAACUUGUAAUACAUCAGAGAUCCCACACUGGAGAGAAACCUUAUGAAUGUAAUGAAUGUGGAAAAGCCUUCAAACAAAAUGCAUCCCUUACCAAACAUAUGAAAACUCAUUCAGAAGGGAAAUCUCAUGAGUGAAAUUAGUGUGGGAAAUCUGAACAAAAGGUUUUAUUUAAACUUAUAAGUAUUCUGAACUUAAAGGAUGUUAGAAAGUAUUAAUAAGAAGUCACAUCUUGUUACACAUGAGAGAAUUUGAAAAUGAAUCUUCACAUAGAAGAAAUGGAUGGAGAGUUUAAAUUUGAUACUAAACCUUUUAUAUAAAAUAUUAUUAUAAAUAAUCUAUAUAUUCAGACUGAAAUAUAAAGCUUUUAAAAUUGUUAAUAAAUUAAAUAAUCAGUACACUAGAGAACCAGAUUACAUAUUCUGACAAUUCCUGAGUGGCUUGAGUGUUGUGUCCUUAAGCACCAUAUAUGAGAAUUAAGUUUGCAUAUCUGUUUAGUGCUAUGUAUAAACGUCUGUGACUGUUGGUAUAAGCUUCAUCUUUGAUGCUAUCACACAGGUCUUUGUAUCAUCAGAAAACUUUAUAAGAGGAUUAUUAUUUAUAUAAAAAUGUUAAUGCAAAAUUAAGAGGAAAUGAAAGAAAUCAGCUGAGGACACACAGGUGCCAAUAGGGAAUGCUAUCACAGAUACAUUGUUGAGUGAAAAAAGCAGGUUGCUCAACUAUGUUUAUAGUUUGUUCCCAUGUAUGUACAGAAGGGUGUGUGUGUUUGCAUGUCUGUCUGUGUGUAUGUAUGUAGUAAUAUGUUUGUAUACAUGUAUUUAUCUGUGUGUAUGUAUGUAUGUGUAUAUGUGUAUAUACGUAUUUUUUAUGUAAAUAGAUUGGUUUGAAAAAGUACAGAAGAAACUUAGGGGUUGCUUUUGGGCACAGGCAUAGAGGAAUGAGGUCUGGGAUGGGAGAGAGACCUCCUUUUUAUUGUAUACUGCUUAAAUUUUAAAAUCAUGUACAUAUAUUAUUUUCACAAUUAAAAUCCUUUUAAUAUGUAUAAAUCAACACUAAUGAAAAUUUUCACUGAACCCACUCUAUGAUGUGAUUUGACUAAGUAAAAGUUUCUAGGCUUAUUCAUAAAUGAGGAUAUGGUAUUAAAUUUGAUAUUGAAUUCACAAAGGCUUUUCUUAUCAAACAUUAUUUCAUUAAAAUAAUGAAUUACAACUA